AUGACGGUGACUCCGUCGACUUCCGAUGUCGCUGACAAGGCAGUCUCGACGGACGAUGGUGGCAGUGGAAUGGAGGUGGCACGUCUCGAAGCCGUCCUCGCUGCUCUGGUGGAAACGAAGGUGGAGGCGAUUAAAGCCUCCUCGGCUUUGAGCAAGCGUUCCGGUAGCGCACCGGCCAGUCCUCGUCGGCUUAGACUGACUUCAACAUCGACUGCCUCCUCUUCGUUGAAUCACCAACACCGUAGGAAGAGUCAUCAUCAUCAUCAUCAUCACCAUCAUCACCAUCACCACCAUCAUCGUCAUCACCGCAAGAGGCAUGAUUCUGCUCCGUGCCACGACUUCAUCGGAGACGCAACGGAACAUCACCAGCACAAUGAUCAUCAUGGUAAAACGAGGCGUAGAGCAUCAGAAAGUCCACGACGUCCAAGGAAGAAACGCAAACACUCGAAAAGCCCGAACAUCCUCCACGGCGUAGUUCAGGACGUUCAGGCGGGUCUUGAAUCACGUUUGGAGCUUUUUGGGUUGGACGGUGAUCAAGAUCUUGCAUUGAUAAACUUUGAAAGGACUCGGGAAACUCUUAGCGAUUCCUGCGAAUACCCGCAGUUGCACCGAAGUGCCUCCUACUUUCCGCAAAGUACAGCUCAAUUAAAGAUCCACUACGAUGACGACGAUUACGUGGCGUUGAACGUGGCGGAUGAGUUGGAAGAAGAGGAGAUCUUAAGCGGUACCGAGAAGAUCGAGGCACCUCGGGCGAAGUAUCAUCGUCCCCGCAGAAAGAGGAAACGGAAGCGACGUAAAGUUAACAAUACCGGUCCUCAAGAAGAGCUCGUCGAUCCCGAAGAACUUCCACCGCGCGCUCGUUGGACGAUCGUCGCGACAGCCUGCCUCCUUCUUACUAUGUCUUUGCUCUUAGUCGGGGUUACGCUCAGAAUGGCGCCAAUCAUCGAUGAUAUGGGUGAGUGACCUACUCAAAUGACUCGGAAUUAAAAUUAGAAACACGAAUUUUCAUUUUACAAAAAAAAGGA